GCCUCAUGCAACGUUCUAAGUGCUGGAAAAAAAUUUCGUCUGAAUUUCUCUCUUUUUUCGUCUUAUUGUAUUCUUCAUAUUUGGUGAGAAGAUCAAACAAAGUUUAUUACGAGGGAGGUGUACUUCUGGUGUGACAUUACAUAUUUUUGAUAGAAGAAAGACUAAUGGCACUUUCAACGAGCUUGAUCUCUAUAGGCUUCGGUUUUGGUCCACUUCAUAAAACCAAAGUCAGUGUUUCUAGAAGGUUUGCUUCCAGAUCUUCAGUAGGGAUUCACAUUCGAGCGGUGCAAGAGAACGGUGGACCACGUAGACUUGUGGACAUUAUUAGACUUGUCCCUGAGCUCUCAAAAAAUUACUUUAGAAGUCCUUCUCGCAGAGCUCUUUUUGGAGGAAUCUCUUUGUUGGGUGGAUUUUAUGUUGCACAAACAAUCUCUUUGUCAUUUGGAGCUCUCGGAGUUAAUGAUGUUAUUGCUGCAGUUUUAUGUGUUCUUCUCACAGAAUAUGUCACCAAGUUCUAUUACAGCCGGCCAAAAGUUACUUUUCCAGUUGCACUCCUCAACAACUUUAAAAUGGGUUUUACUUAUGGACUUUUCAUUGAUGCCUUUAAACUUGCCAGUUAAUUUUUAACAUCAAUACAACUACUCUAAACAUUCGUACUUGGUUGGUUACUCUCCUAAAUUAGUUUGAUUCUAUUUAACCACCAAACUUGCACAUGUGAAGACUGAUCAACUUACAAACACUUAGUUGGUUUGUUUGUGCAUAAUAUUCAUGAUUGUAAAUGUUAGAAGAAUUAUCCUUAUAUCAUCGCAUAUCAAUCAUAGUUCUCGUAACAAAACAUCAAAUAAAUUUUCCUUAUAUUUUUUUAUUUUA